GGUCGAGUUUAUUCAUGCCGAGUCCAUGAUAUGAUUCUUGAUCUUCUUAUAUCCAAGUCAAUUGAAGAAAAUUUUGUUACCUUCUUUGGUGGCCAAAAUCAGAAAUUAGUGCUACAACAUAAGAUUCGUAGACUAUCUCUGUGUUAUUCCCAAGAGCACAUCGCAGUUCCAUCAACAGCGAUCAUUUCUCAUUGCCGGUCGCUCAGUAUAUUUGGGUAUGCUGAACAGAUGCCUCCUCUUUCGAAGUUUAGAGUUCUGCGAGUACUUGAUAUAGAAAAUGGUGAGGACAUGGAAAGCAGUUUUAUUGAACAUGUAAGGACUCUUUGUCAGUUGAAAUAUUUGCGGCUCGAUGUUAGAAGCAUUUCUGCAUUCCCUGAGCAAUUAGGAGAACUACAGCAUUUGCAGACUCUGGAUAUAAGAUGGACAAAGAUACGAAAAUUGCCCAAAAGCAUUGUUCAACUGCAAAAUAUGACAUGUUUGCGUGUCAAUAAUCUUGAAUUACCUGAAGGAAUUGGGAAUCUGCAUGCUCUACAGGAGCUAAGAGAGAUCAAAGUCAAGUGGGACAGUUUGGCAUCUUCUUUGCUGGAACUGGGCAGCCUGACUAAAUUGAGGAUUCUUGGGCUGCGCUGGUGCAUCAUCGAUACACACGGUAACAAAGAAAUUUUUGUGGAGAACUUGGUCUCAUCACUCUGUAAACUGGGUAGACUCAACCUUCGGUCUCUAUGCAUUAAGAGUGACUAUGGUUAUUCCAUUCCUCUAAAAGAAAUGUAUGGUUAUUCCAUAGAUUUCUUGCUGGAUUCUUGGUUCCCAUCCCCUCGUCUCCUCCAGAAAUUUCAGAUGGACGCGUACUAUUUCUUUCCCAGAGUUCCAGUUUGGAUCGCGUCACUUGACAACCUCUCGUACCUAGAUAUCAAUAUUAACCCUGUAGAAGAGGAGGCAUUAGAGAUCCUUGGAGGGUUACCUGCUUUGCUGCUUCUGUGUUUGUCAUCAGAAUCAUCUGCUCAAAAACAAAGACUCGUUAUAAGCAGCAACAUGUUCAUAUGUCUGAAGGAUUUCCGCUUCACCUGCUGGAGCAAUGGCAAAGGACUGAUAUUUGAAGCUGGGGCCAUGCCGAGUCUUGAGAAGCUGGAGGUUCCAUCAGACGCAGGCAAAGAUCUUGAUUUUGGCAUCCAGCACCUCUCUUCCCUUAUGCAUGUUACCGUGAAGAUCAUUUGCGGUGGUGCCACGGUUCGGGAGGUGGAGGCAUCGGAGGAAGCCAUCAGGGGCACAGUUACUCUCCUUCCGAACCACCCCCACACUGGAAAUCCGAAUAUGGGGUGAUGAAAAUAUGGUGGAGGAGGACCAAGGGAGGGCUGAAGAGGAGAUCCAGACAAGCACACAACUCAUCUGACAAAUUUUCAGGUGAGCUGCAGGACAUAUGGAGGAGGGAAGAAAUUAAGGCCAGACAAAGAUCUAGAGAGAGAGAAGUACUGGAGGGGGAGCUAAAUACAGGAUACUUUCAAGCUGUUGCAAACCAAAAAAGAAGGAAAAAACAGAUUGCAAUGCUGGAAGGAGAGGAUGGACCUGUUGAAGACCCCAAAGAAAAUAUGGAGACAGGUGGCUAUGGAGCUAGCAGCAUGGGAGGUUCUGUUCUCAAACGAUGCAAAAAUCCAGGUCUCUGCUGUGGUGAAAAACCUCGAGAAGCUUGCCAGAGAUCCUCAUAUGCUGAUGUGGCCAGACCCCGGUUGAUCCUUUCAAGCUGCACGUGGGGGCGAAACUGAAAAAAGAAGAUUGAUGCUGAUGCUACUACUCUCUUUCUGUUUUGAAUAGAGAGAGCACAAGAUGUAAACCCCCCCUGUGUACCUUUUAAUUUUUUUCUUUUGUUCCAGUAGACUUGAGGGUUGCUUUCUAUGUUAGCUUGGUGUAGUUCAGCUCCAGGAUAGUUUUGUGUUUCUUGCUGAGACAGCUUGGUGUGCUGUGCUCCGCGGGCUGUAUUGGUGAAUGCUUGUCACACUGGUUUCGUUGCUUGCAAUGGAACCGGGGCUGCGUGCCCUUUUGCUCUAAAAAAAAUAUGGACCAAA